ACAGAGCAGACGUCCCGUACAGCUACUUAACUCCCAACACUUGCUAUACAUAUAAAUACUGUGUCACGAUAUCUGUGUGUGCGCGUAUGGGUGUGGUAGUGGGGGCGCUCUAUUGGAUCAACCGGGUGUGAAUCUCGCCUAUGCUGCUUUUGUCGCUGUUGCCAUCUGAUCAAUCGCCGGCCGUAUAGUACAGCUGUGCAGGCAGAGAGCGUCUGGAAUAUUCUUCUCGACAUCCCCACCAUUAGUGCUUUCUCUUCGCUCCCACUCUUUCGAGCCUAGCCGAGCCUCCAACAGGUCUGAACACGCCAGUUGCCGGCCGACCGCCGAGGAGAACGGAUCUGGAAAAAAAUCGCCGUGAACGCAGUAAACUGACACACUCUAUUACGUAAUCUGUCAAUUUUUCCCGCUUGGGAGAGCGAAGGGCUUCGGUAUAUUCGAGAGGCAGCCGAAAACUUGUCGCAAGAUGAAUAACUUGCAAAAAAUACUGUCUCUCUUCGGCUGCUGUGGACCAGCAGACGAUGAGACGAUAGAGUGCGAUCCGACUGGCCCCUGUCAGUGUAAGAAGAUACUGGAUAAGAUUCAGUCUCGGGUCGUCACUCUGGAGGAAAGAAUAGAAAAAGCUGAGAGGGAUGUGAAGACUAUUCCACAAUACGCUGAAGCUGUUGUCCUGUUGGGCGACCGCGAAAGUGUUAAUCGUCCUUCUACGGUGCAGCCCGUAUAUGCACCCAUCGAGUGCUUCUACGCUGACACCAUAAACGCACUUUUCAAUCGAUCUUUGACUGUUACCUCUAAAUUACAUCGUAACUCCGAGAUUGUGCAACAUUGUUUGGCUUAUGCUUUGGCCACUUGUCGGCAUGUAUUUUCGAAGGAGCCCAUUCUUAUUCCAGGAGUACCACCACCCGUAACCAAAACGAUUCACUGUCGAUGCCGCUGCAUGCCUAUAGUCAAAAUACUCCAAAAAUAUGUUUUGAAUUUGCUAAGAAAGAUGGAUUGCAAUGAUGAAGAUUUGCUGAUGUGCUUGGAUCACACUAAGGCCACCUAUUCACCGAACUCUAAUGCACAAACUGAAGGACAAGAAGAACAGGCAAUUAGUGCCUUUACUACUGGAGAAGCUUCAGAAACCAAAUUGGAUAAAGAAAAUCCUGUUUUUAAAAGUUCAUCAUGUGAUAAAGAAGGUAUUAGUAAAUCUUACCCAAUGCAUUGUGAGUUUCGGGGUAGAUGCCUUUUUUUUGGCAAUGGAUUGUUUGAUGUUAAACGUCAACGAGACUUCAUACACGAAGAGAGUUUACUUAUAAAAAAGACAUUUACAAAUUUGGGAUUCAAAUCUGAAUCUUAUAUAGAUUUCAAAUACCAAAAAAUAAAACAUACUAUAGACGAAUAUUUUACAAAUGACGAUUGUAUUUGCAUCUUUAUAUCAACUCAUGGAACGUCAGAUGGUCUCUUGUGGGCAAAAGAUGUAUGCUAUCCGUUUAUUAGGACUUUCGAGAACAGAAUUGCCAGUAUAAAAUCCUUAAUAAAUAAACCCAAGAUAUUUUUCAUACAGGCAUGUCGAGGUCCACAAAUUGAUAAAGGAAUCUGUAGCAAUGAAGUAAAUACUAGCUCUGAAGAUGAGGUUGAUGGGAAUGAAGUAUUUACAAAAGUAUCCAUAAAGGCAGACAUUUUUAAAGCUUACAGUAGUCCACCAGAUUUCGUUUCUUGGCAAGCAAGCUUGUUCAUAAGAGAAGUCUGCAAAUCUUUCAACAAAUACGGAAAAACAGCAGAUCUUGAAACCAUCGUAAAAAUCGCAUCAAGAGAAGUUCGCAAAUUUGAAAAUAAAAGUAAAUAUAGCGUCAGGAAUAAAGCUAAACAAAUUCCUUACAUCGAGCACACACUCGAUAAGAUGGUGUAUUUUAGGGACAAGAAAAGCCCUUCUGUUAUCAAACAGUAAACAUGCAGUUAUAUAGGCCGAAGCAACAAGCCCAACAAAGUAGUUUUGCAUGAGUGGUACACAGCUAUUUUUGCAGUGUGCGUGUAUUCUGAUAAGUCAAAUAGAAUAAUGCCUAUGUGCCAGUUAUCUUCGCUAUCCUAGCUGAUCAAAACUAUUUUAUUUUAUGGCUACAAUGACUUUGCGUUACUACCACUGAUUCCGCUUAGCCAUCCCAGAGGUAUUAUACAUAUGUGUAAUAGCUCUAUGAUAGCCACACACUCUGAGUGUGUCGGAUAUGGUGCUUUUUCUUUGAAGGAAAUUUUGUAUUUUUUUCCUGCAGAUGCAAGUCAAACUGAGUAUGUUUAAAAUUAAUACAAAGACAGUUUUGAUCAUAUAUUUUUUAAAACCGUAUUUGAGAAUUAUGCGAUGGACCAACUAAAGUAUCAAAAUUAACAUUGUAUAUAAAAUAUUUGUGUAUGAAAACUAAUUUUGUAAAGCGUAACUCAUGCGAUUAUGAAUGAAAACGAUAACGUAAAGUAUUUAAAAUGGAGAUAUUUACAUUUAAGAUUAUUUCAUAGAUACGCGUGGUUUUAAAUAUAACUAAGCCUUAUUUAAAUACACAUUUUAACUUUUCUGAUUGUUUAAUGUAGGAUUUUACAUUCUUGGAUACAGCGUGGGUAAAUAGUAUAUUACGAUACUAGUGCGGUAAAGUAGUUUCACCCUCGAGGGUGAAAUCCCUUUACCCCCCUUGUAUCGUACGAUAUUUUAGCGUGCGGUAAAUCGAGGUUUACGCCACGGCGUAUCAUAAAUGAAUCUUUAUGCAUUUUAUUGCGAAAAACGAUUUUUCACUUGAUUGAUGUCACCUCCAUCAUGAGAAUCAUAUCUUUAGCGCCAGUAUCAAAACUUAUUUAGUUUAAUAUCAUAAUGAUAAGAUAUAUCUGAAACAGAUGUAAGUCAAAAUAUAUUGAUUUAUGCGUGUAAACAAUAUCUUUUUGUACUUAAUGUU